ACUAUGAUAACGUCUCCCCAUGUGUAUCCUCCAAGUGAAGCAUUACCUGAGAUUGAGGCACUCGUUGUGUCUAAGGAUUCCUCUUCGAUACUACUCUCUCCAAUUACCAUGCGUGAAUCCACACCUCUUGAAGAAUUGCAAAACCACAACACAUUCACCAGAGUUAGAAACCUCUAAUUCUGAGACAUCUGAUGAUGACAUGUCAGAUCUUCAAGAUGGUCCACAUUUGAUCCAGGGACUUGGCGCUGGUAUCGUUCCAUUCAAUUUAGACUUAACCAUUGUUGAUGAAAUUGUUAAAGUGACAAGUGAAGAAGCUAUUGAAACAGCCAAGCUUCUUGCCCUCAAAGAAGGAUUACUGGUGGGAAUAUCCUCUGGAGCCGCAGCAGCAACUGCGUUAAAGAUUGCAAAGCGGCCUGAAAACGUAGGGAAACUCAUUGUGGUGGUUUUUCCCAGUGGGGGAGAACGUUAUCUAUCAACUACAUUGUUUGAUUCAGUUAGAUAUGAAGCAGAGAAUUUGCCUAUUGAAUGAAUUGGAGUUUGGGGGACGUAUGAUUCGGUUUGGUUUGGUAAGAGAUGUUCGUACCAAGAUUACAGUUUGAUUAUUACUAGUCACUGUAAAAUCUACAAGGAAAACCAUUGACUUUUUUUUUUUAAUGAACAUUUUCGGUUUGGUCUGUGUUCAUACAUUGUCUACUAUAAUAAUUUGGUGUGAUACUU